AUGGCUGUUUCACUGCUAUCGUUUCAUAUAAUAGUGGCGCUUCAGACACAGGACUUUACAUUCCCUCUUCGAGAAGAACGAAACCUCUUUACCAUACUUGCCGCAAUUUCACUGGGGCUACUUGUCUUGCUUUCUCUCCCAUCGGUUCGACGGUUGGCUUAUGAGAUCUUCCUCCGAGCACAUCAGGUUCUCGCUGGGCUCUUUGUCUAUGGCACUUGGCAACACCUCUCCUCCCACAGCCAUGCCUCAGAAAUAUAUCUCUUGGUUGCUUUGGGUAUUUUUGGACUGACUCUGCUCUCACAGAGUAUAGUUUUCUUAUAUCGAAACGGCCUGUUCUCGGGCCGUGGCACUCCCAGGGCCAUCGUCUCAUCCAGUGUGAGCAAAUCCGAGGAAGAUAUUGUGGUGAACGCUGUCCAUGUCCGUGUCCUCUUACCUCGACCUGUCAGAGUGGAAGCCGGUCAAUAUGUCAAUCUCUGGAUGCCGUCGGUCAGUCUAUUUUCGUGGAUGCAGACGCAUCCAUUCACGGUCAUGUCGUGGUCCAAAGACAAACAGGACACCAUGGAGCUCAUGGUGAAGCCACGCGGAGGCUUAACUGCGGAUCUUGCCCGUUAUGCACCUACUGAUGAGCGGAGCGAGGGGAGCUCCAUUUCCUAUUUGGCACUCAUCACUGGCCCUCAUGGAGUGAGUGAAGAAGUUGGGCAGUACGAAAGUAUAUUAUUGCUUGCCAGCGGAUGUGGGGUCGCCGGAGCCAUACCAUACCUGAAGAAAGCGAUCUACGGUUACAACACUUGCACCUCUCAGAUUCGCCGGCUGCAUCUAGUGUGGCAGGUAGAAUCAAUCGACGAGAUGAGCGCAGCCUUGACCCUACUGAAUCGCCUUUUGAAGGAUGAUAUCGUGGAUGGAGGCUAUAUACUGCACAUCUCUAUUUACGUCAGGGAGGGCCUUGGCCAUAAGAAGUUCCUAUUCGGGGACCAUGAACGAGUCUAUCUAUACCAGGGAUUACCAGAUUACCAAAGCAUAAUUUCACUCGAAGCCAGCGGUAACCAGAUCGAAAGACUGCCGAACAUGUGGGACGAGCAAGGCCGGAUGUUGGUUAUGGGUAAGGUGUCCCGAUUCCGCACGAGGAGUACCAGCUAA